GUAGCAAAAGAGAAAGUAACUAUGUUGCUGCUGGAGAUCAAUGAAGCCCAGUGAAUGGGGGCUGCCUGUGCGAAUCCUUAGUGGAAGCCGAGCGCCAGAUGGUGGAGGGCUACACUUAUUGAUGAAACCCUCGAGUUCCUCUUGAGUGGCCAGUUUUCAGCCUCCUCAUGCCUCCAUCUCCUUUAGACGACAGGGUAGUAGUGGCACUGUCUCGGCCUGUCCGACCUCAGGAUCUCAACCUCUGUUUAGACUCCAGCUAUUUGGCCUCGGCUGCCCCCGGCAGUAGCAGCCAGCCCCCCAUCCUCACCACCACCACCGUGUCCCUCAAGGCUGCGAAUCUGACGUAUAUGCCCUCAUCCAGCGGCUCUGCCCGCUCCCUGAAUUGUGGCUGCAGCAGUACCAGCUGCUGCACUGUGGCAACCUACGACAAGGACAGCCAGUCCCCCAGCCCGGCUCUUGCCCCUGGUCCUGCCUCCACUGCCAUUGGAACCUCUCCGCCCUGCCCUUCCAACCAGAUGGUCAACAAUAAUGAGAACGCAGGUGCUCUGAGUCCAUCAGGUGGGGUGGGCGGCAGUCCUGCAUCAGGGACCCCUAAACAGCUCACCAGCAUCAAAAUCAUUUACCCCAAUGACUUGGCAAAGAAGAUGACCAAAGGCAGCAAGAGCCACCUGCCGAGCCAGGGCCCUGUCAUCAUUGAUUGCAGGCCCUUCAUGGAGUACAACAAGAGCCACAUCCAAGGAGCUGUCCACAUUAACUGUGCCGACAAGAUCAGCCGCCGAAGACUGCAGCAAGGCAAGAUCACUGUCUUAGACUUGAUUUCCUGUCGGGAAGGCAAGGACUCUUUCAAACGGAUCUUUUCCAAAGAAAUUAUAGUUUAUGAUGAGAAUACCAAUGAGCCAAGCCGAGUGAUGCCCUCCCAGCCACUUCACAUAGUCCUCGAGUCCCUGAAGAGAGAAGGCAAAGAACCUCUGGUGUUGAAAGGUGGACUUAGCAGUUUUAAGCAGAACCAUGAAAACCUCUGUGACAACUCCCUCCAGCUGCAGGAGUGCAGGGAGGCAGGGGGCGCCUCUGCAGCCUCCGGCUUGCUACCUCAGUCCAUCCCUACCACCCCGGACAUCGAGAAUGCAGAGCUGACCCCCAUCUUGCCCUUCCUGUUUCUUGGCAAUGAGCAGGAUGCUCAGGAUGUGGACACCAUGCAGCGACUGAACAUUGGCUACAUCAUCAACGUCACCACCCACCUGCCCCUGUACCACUACGAGAAAGGCUUGUUCAACUACAAACGUCUGCCAGCCACUGACAGCAAUAAGCAGAACCUGCGGCAAUACUUUGAAGAGGCUUUUGAGUUCAUUGAGGAAGCUCACCAAUGUGGAAAGGGGCUUCUCAUCCAUUGCCAGGCUGGCGUGUCCCGCUCGGCCACCAUCGUCAUUGCCUACUUGAUGAAGCACACACGGAUGACUAUGACUGAUGCUUAUAAAUUUGUCAAAGGCAAACGACCAAUUAUUUCCCCAAACCUUAACUUCAUGGGGCAGUUGCUGGAGUUUGAGGAAGACCUAAACAACGGUGUGACACCGCGGAUCCUUACACCAAAGCUGAUGGGCGUGGAAACGGUAGUGUGACAAACUUCUAGAUGGACAGUCAUUAGACCAAGAGGAAGGAAGAUGUAUUCUUUCUUUUCUUUCUUUUUCUUUUAUUUUUUUUUUAAAAAUGGGGAUAAAGUUUGUGAAUGGAAACAAACUUGUUUAAAACCAUUUAUUUUUAACAGGUGUGAGAAGAAUUUAACUUUUGAUGCCAUUGAGAUUUAUUUCCCAUGAACUGAUAAAGCAGGGAAGGGGCAAAAGAAGUCAUUUUUUAAGUCAAUAAUAAAAAUAUAAUAAAACUUGUUUCUUCCCCUUUUCCUUUUAAGCUAUUUGUAGAGUUUAUGAAUACAUAGUCUGUGCAGGUUCAUAGACCAAGGAUAAUACACUUCAAGACAAUUAAACAGAACCAAAAGUAAGUAGAGAUAAUGAAUCAUGAGGGUCUGGGGUUUGCCUGAGCUGGCUAUGUAGAAAAUAGAACCCAACCCAACCCACCCCAUCCUAGUCCAAGGAGAGAAGGGCAGUUAUGUGGUCUAAGGACUCUUCACAUUCUUUAAAAACAAAGGAUACUGUUUAUUUUGUGUGUUUCAUACUUGGAUUAUUCUCCCCUUCCUUCACCCCCCUUCUCCAGGUUUCAGAGAUUUUUUUUUUUUAAUAGCAGGAAACUGACCAUUAUACCAUAUGCUUUCACUGGCUUCUUGUGCAAUAAUAUGGUGUUUUGAGUGUGAAAAGAGUUUGAUCUGAUGGCAGAAUAAUAGACAAAUAGUGCAAAUUUGCCAGCUUGGAAAGAGAAAGGAUUAAACAAACCAGUUAUUUUUCUUCCCACAUUUUUCCUUUAUUUUUUUUUUGGGGGGGGAAAGGUGUAUUUGAUUCUGGUUACAGUGCCAUAAACCUUGUUAAAUAUGUAUAUCAGAAUGUAAAAAAAGACAAAAUUUAUUUAAAAAUAUUUUUCGCAAAAAAAUUGGUGUGUUUCUGUUGAUUGUGUAAAAUUUUAUUUUCA